AUGGCUAGAUUGCAAUGGUAUGAGGAAAAAAUGCCGCUUCACAAAUACACAUACUCCCUGAUGCCCAAUAGCUCGCUCCCACCACAUCGACGCGUGGUGACUUAUAACCCUAAACCGGGUGGGUGGUUAGGACCUGUACUCAGUACUAGGCCUGGCGUUCCACUUAUCGCUCCGCGAGACCUAAACGUGGAGUUGCGCGUUCUCGCGGACCCGCGAGCACAAAUGCAGCGCUGCGUUUACCCAGCAGUAUGCUUCGCUUCCAAACACGGUGUCAAAAGGUAG